CCUGGGGUCUCCUGAUGACUAAAUGCUUUUUUACUAAUUUUUAAAGGUUUAUAUAAAAGAGAUCAAGAACAACACAACUCAUCUUCACCAGGACAACAGAAUCUGAACUGGACGAUUAUAUCAUCUUUUGCCUAACAACUAGUAUAAAUUUCCAGUAUGGAGUGGAAAGGAAGGCUACUGGUCCAGUUGUUAAUGUUAGUAUUUGUGCUGGAAGUUAGUUUUUGCCAGCACUGGUCAUAUGGGUGGCUUCCUGGUGGUAAAAGAAAUGUCGGGGAAGUAGAGGCAACAUUCAGGAUGAUGGAUGCUGGUGACACAGUCCUCUCCAUUCCUGCCGAAUCUCCGCUGGAGAAGUUUUCACCAAUGCACACAGUGAAUGAGGUGGACGCUGAAGGUUUGCCUCUGAAGGUACACAGAUUUCCCAACAGACGAGGAAGAAUGUAAAAGAUGAUGAUAAACCUGUUUAAUUAAAACGUCUUUUACUCCUUGGGAAUAAAAUGUCUUACUGAGUCCUGAUAUCCUCCUCAUCUGAUUUUAAUAAAUGUAGCACUGGAGGUACACAUAUACUGUAAAUAAGUAUAGGUGCCAAAAACAAAAAUGUUUACACUAAUUGAUGAAAUAAUCAAUUAGACAGUCAUUUUCCACAAUGCAGAUAAUAUACACACAGACUUAUUCUUUAAAAUAGAUACAAACUUCUCAUCCACAUGGUGGCACUCUUGUGCCACCUUUAAACUCCAAACACCUCUCCCUUCUUGCUAAUAUGUUUUGUAUUAUUUGUGUAUUGGGCUGUAAUUUAUUUUAAAGUAAUAUGUCUACUGUGCUUAAUAAACAUGCCACCAGUGUUUACAUUUUUUUUCACAUAUCUGAAUGUAUGUGACGUGAGUGUAAAUGUAUUCAACCUAAUGACAGUAUAGGAGAUUAAUAAAUAAAUAAAUAAAAGACAACCAAAAAUGACUAACAUUCAAGAUAUACAGUUUAUCAUUUAAUGCAUUCCCUUUUAAAUUAUCAUGCUAUUUUACCAUUUGAGCCACAAUG